AUGUUCUUCUCACAACCGCCUCACCUCGCAAAAGCCGAGGAGUUGAAAAAGGGCCCUCCAAAGGGAAAGCCUUACUCGGUGGCGAUCCCCGGCACGGAGCAGCCUGGUCGCAGUCCAAUCUAUCGCGCAUGGAAUUCGUCAAAGGAGCUGCUGAGCACGUUGGAUCCCGAGGUUCUCACUGCGCAUGAUAUCUUCGAGUCCACGGCCAACCGUCAGCCCAAGAAUCAUUGUCUUGGCUGGCGCCCGUUCAAUUCGGCAACCAAGACUUGGGAUGAUUACAAGUGGCUCACGUAUGAGGAGGUUCAAAAACGCCGUGCAAACUUUGGUGCUGGUCUUGUUGAGCUGCAUAACAAGCAUGGUUGCCACCGUUCCGGUCAAUAUGGUAUUGGUCUGUGGUGUCAAAACCGCCCGGAGUGGCAGAUUACCGACCUGGCUUGCAUGUCGCAGGGCCUCUACUCCGUCUCUAUUUACGAUGUGCUCGCUCCCGACGCUACCGAGUACAUUAUCAACCACGCCGAAUUGAGCUGUGUCGUGACUUCUCUCCCCCAUAUCCCUACCCUCCUCAAGCUCAAGAAUGUUCUGCCCAACCUCAAGAUGAUUGUUUGUCUUGACCCUCUUGAUGCGGGCGAGCAGAAUGGCUACUCGAAGCGCGCCAUCUUGGAAUCCAUGGCCGCCGGCCACGAUCUCUCCAUCUAUUCCAUCGACCAGGUCGAGGCUCUGGGUGAAGCUUCCAAGCGUGGAUACAACCCUCCUGGCCCGACUGAUAUCGUUACUAUCAACUACACUUCCGGCACGACCGGGCCCCCCAAGGGUGUGGUUUUGACUCACCGGAGCGCCGUUGCCGCCACCUCCGCAGGUCUGAUCACUUGUGGUCAGUCAAAGAACGACACCAUGGUUUCCUACCUCCCUCUUGCUCACAUCUAUGCUCGUCUCUCCGAGCACUGCGCUUUCUGGGGCGGUGCUCGGAUCGGCUACUUCCACGGAAACAUUGUCGAGCUGGUGGAUGACUUGAAGCUCCUCAAGCCCACUGCUUUCAUGUCCGUGCCUCGUCUGUACAGCCGCUUCGGUAGCGCGAUCCGGUCUGCCACCAUCGAGGCUCCUGGUUUCAAGGGCGCCAUGUCCCGUCACAUCGUGGCUGCAAAGACCGCCAACUUGAAGAACCCGGACCCCUCCAAGGCGACCAUCCGGCACGCUCUGUAUGACCGCAUCUGGGCCAAGAAGGUUGCCUCGGCUAUUGGACUGGAGCGUGCUCGCUACAUGGUCUCCGGCUCUGCUCCCCUCGAUCCUACUCUCCACAAUUUCCUCCGUGUCGCCACCGGCACCGACAUUGUCCAGGGAUACGGUCUGACAGAGUCCUAUGCCUGUGCGACUGCACAGUCCACCGAGGAUCUCAGCUCAGGCAACUGCGGAAUGAUCGCCCCCUGUACCGAGGUCUGCCUCUUGUCCCUGCCAGAUAUGGAGUACUCCGUCGAGGACAAGCCCUAUCCUCGUGGUGAGCUGCUCCUACGCGGAAACAACAUGUUCAACGAAUACUUCAAGAACCCCGAAGAGACAUCCAAGGCCAUGACCGAGGACGGCUGGUUCCGCACCGGCGACGUGUGCCAGAUCGACGAAAUGGGCCGCAUCAUCAUCAUUGACCGCCGCAAGAACGUCCUCAAACUCGCUCAGGGAGAGUACAUCUCGCCUGAGCGUCUGGAGGGUAUCUUCAUGUCUGAGCUGGGCUAUCUUGCUCAGGCGUACGUGCACGGUGAUAGCAUGCAGACCUUCCUGGUUGGUAUCUUUGGCGUUGCGCCCGAUCUGUUCGCCCCCUAUGCCAGCAAGGUCCUGGGUCAGACGAUUGCCGCUACCGACCUUGAGGCGAUCAAGUCUGCACUUUCAGAUGAAAAGAUCCGCAAGGCCGUGCUGCGUGAUUUCGAUCGUGUGGCGAAGAAGCACCGUCUCGCUGGGUAUGAGCGUGUGCGUAACGUUUCGCUGAAGUUGGAGCCGUUUACUGUUGAAAACAACCUGCUCACUCCUACUCUCAAGCUCAAGCGUCCCCCCGUCGUCAAGGUCUACCGCCAACUUCUGGACCAAUUGUACGAGCAGGCUCUGUCCGAGGAGUCUGCUCCUCGCGCCAAGCUAUAG